CGAAAUAGAAACACACUCUUUCUCUAAAGUUUCCGUUGCAUCAUAUCAGUUAUACACAUUAUCUUUUUAUUACUAUUUUUUUAAUUUUCAUUUUUCAACGAGAAGCCAUGCAUGAUGCAUCUUGCAUUAAUAGAACCCUUAGCCUCUCUAUCUCUUCUCUCAUGGAAUCAGACAGGCUUUUUAUGUUCUUUUUUCUACCACUAAGCUACACUUUGGUGUCUGUCAUCAAAGAUGGUGGAUUUUUCUGUUGCAAAAGAAGGUUGAGAUAUACCAAAAGCUGCAGGGGAGUGGAAGGUGGGGUUGAGUCAGGUGAGAGAGCUUUUGAAAGUGAACAAUCAGUCAGGGAAGGAAAUCAUUUCUGUGAUCUAAUCAACUGCAGGAAAGGAUUGGUUGAUGAUAUUUCUCAUCUCUGGCAGAACUUAGCUAUGGUUCAAAGGUUUUGGGAUGAGUAAAACUAUUCCUUACUUUACUGCUGCUCAUUUGUUAUCCAUGAAACUUUGAAGGGUUGUUGCCCAUAUAUCUUCAUCAUCACCAUUUACUGUGCGUUUUAGCAUUGCUUUCUUAUCUCAAGACCUUUGCUUUUUCUUUUUCCCUGAAAAGAAGAAGAAGUUUUACAGGCAAGCAUUUUACAGGGUUAAA